AUGACGCCUUAUUCCGAAGUCCUUUUCACUCUCGCUAGUGUCGUGUCACUCGUUCUUUUCGUCUAUGUCUAUGAUACUUUGACAAGCAAGCCUCCAGACCUUACUCUAUUGCAUUACACUUUGGUUCAUAAUGUGAAAAUGAUUGAUGAUUCACCAACAAGCAAAAGAGAAACAACGUUAGCACUCGACAUCUCAGACUCAGGUUCCGGCACAAAGACACCACAAAGCACCUUGAUCCAUGGCAAUCCUGACAAAGACAUUCUUUCAAAUCCUACAAAAACGAGGUCUCACGCGCAUGGGUUCCCUUCUGCUACAACUCCCUCGCCAGGCUCUAAGACUACCCAAAUGACCAUGGCGACUUCAGUAGAGCCGACCGCCACGUCAGCACAAGAGACCAUCUCUGCACCCAAGACUUCUGACGAUGAUACACCGGUAGCAUCUCAGGUAACUUCGGCAGAAUCGAUGCUUCAAAGGGGGAUCCGAGAUAUGAUGGCGAAGAACCGCAGCAAAGCCACCCGCCCAACGCUCUACGGAAGAACAACCAAGAAGUCAGAAGAGUCGACCUUCCAGCAAGAGUUGAGACAGAGAAUGAGAACGACGGGUUCGAGAAAACAGUGGUGUUCUGCGGGAGACAUUGGAGAGAUGGUCGAUCGUAGAGCGACUGAAGCGGGACAGAGCCCUCUGGCGGUCGCAAAGCUUGCAAUUCAAUUUCAACCUUGUCACCGAGUUGACCAGCAGAAGCUAUCGAUGAUGGCGUUCUUAUUUCAAGCACUGCCAUACCGCACGGCCAGGAAGACGGACGGCAGCUCAACCCUAUCCCUUACCCAGAAGGACGUUCCCGCCAUUACCCAGCUUCGAGCAUCCGAACGCAGUGUCCGAAAGAGGAAACAGCCUGCUCGAGCAGACCCAAAGUUCGAUAUCGCCGCUGCGAAGAGACGUAACAGAGAGAAAUGCCUUCAGACAUUGUCAGAAUGGCAGAAACGUCGACCGGACGGUUUUGCUGGCGACACGGUUCCAAGGAGAACGAUUCAGAGGGAACACGAAGGAGUCAAGACAGCGAAGAGGGUAGAGACAAAAAGAGCAAGGAAAAGCUCAUCUGGGGACGUUCCAGACCCCCAAACAGGUAGCGUGUCGGUGGACGAGGAAGAUGUCUGGGAGCGCGUCAUGACUGUGAAGCACGAAUGGGCAGAUUCAAGCAAUUUUCAGUGGGACGCUUGA